CAUCUAUUCCUCCCGGUUUUUAUGAAAUUGCAUUUUUAUGAAAUUGCAAAUUUAUUUGCAUUAGGUCAACCUGAGGUCAUCAGAUGGCUCAUGGAGCAAGGUGCACUGCGUAGCAACAUGCGUUGCAGACUAUGCAAUCGUCCUGCGACGCUGUUCAGCCCGGCUACGGGUACGGCAAGAUGGAGGUGCAGGAACCACGGCCACAACUGGGGGGAAUCUGUCUUUCAUGAUUCCAUGUUCAGGAAGUAUAAGAUUCCACUGAGACUCGCCCUGAAGCUGAUGCAUAUCUUCGCUCAUGACCGGCACACGUACAAGUAUUUAACCCUGGAGUGUUCGAGAACUGCCAGAAAAAUAGCGGAUCGGACGAUCGUUCGCUGGCUGUCCUUGUGCCGAUCCGUCGUGUCCGUGGCCAUUCAAAGACAGAUUGCAGCAGAAGGUAAAAUUGGUGGAAGGGGAAAGAUCGUAGAAAUCGACGAAAGUCUCUUCGGCAAGCGGAAGUACCACAGAGGUCGUGUCAGGAAAGGUCAUUGGGUUCUGGGCAUGGUAGAAAGGGAAGUCAACCCAAACGCCAAGCGCAAAGGAGGCAAGCUGAGGGUUGUAGUUUGUCCUAACAACAAGCGGGACAAAGCCACCCUUAUACCGCUUAUCAGACGCUACAUCAAGAGAGGGACAACCAUAAUCACGGACUGCUGGGGUGGCUACAGAAACCUCGAAACUCUAGGUGAAAACCCUGAGCAAUGGAGACGACGUGGGAGGCGGAAGUACUACACCCACAAAGUUGUCAAUCACCGGGUUGAGUUCGUUACAGGACCGAAUCGUGAGGUUCAUACGCAGACCAUAGAGUCCACCUGGCGCGUACUUAAACGGUCGCUUCAUCGUGGAGGCCCUCAAAGGAAAGACAUUCAACGCUAUUUGGACGAACAGCUGUGGCGGAGGCAUGUUCAGAGGAUGGGACUUGACCCGUUCAUCAACUUCUUGGAGUGUGUUGGUACAGCAAAAAGUCGCGUCUUCUCGGGAACAGAGGGGCUCCGAUACCAAACACGUCCCGUCUCUCGCAACCAGAACUUGGGCCAUCAUCCAGCACGCUCUCAACGACGACACAGUGCUGUACCUAGCCACAGGCGUACUAUUACGGCUGUCAUACCACGUGUGCCAACUUCCAUGGCAGGCGUCGUCGGUACUACAGAGCGUGCGGGUCCUUCUCUGCCACAGACCAACGCCGCGACUACAGCUGUAACGGUUUCUGCACGCCCAGGUUCGAACGCGCAGGCAGUUCGACGGGUACAAACAGCACGAAGACAUCGGAUGCAGCAGGUCUCACCUUACUCGCGACCAAACGCGUCAAGCGCGGCUCCAGCUGUUACGGCGACUCUAAGCAAUACAAACAACGUUCCCGUCAUUGUAAGUUUGGCCACCGCACCUUUCCCAGUGCAGGUUUAG